GAAAAAGCAGAUCAUCUUAAUCGGCUAAUUCUAUUCCGGUCAUGUCUCGGUAAAUUUUGGAUUUCAUCUAGGGAACAAAAUGCAAAAAUACGAAAAACUUGAGAAGAUCGGCGAAGGUACGUAUGGAACAGUAUUCAAAGCUAAGAACAGAGAAACUCAGGAGAUUGUGGCUCUGAAAAGGGUGCGUCUGGAUGACGAUGAUGAGGGCGUGCCCAGUUCAGCCCUCAGAGAGAUUUGCCUGUUAAAAGAGUUGAAACACAAGAACAUAGUCAGGCUUCAUGACAUCCUUCACAGUGAAAAAAAGCUGACUUUAGUGUUUGAAUACUGCGACCAAGAUCUGAAGAAGUACUUUGACAGCUGCAAUGGAGAAAUUGAUCCAGACAAUGUUAAGAGUUUCAUGUAUCAGUUGUUGCGGGGUCUGGCCUUCUGUCACAGUCACAACGUCCUUCAUCGCGACCUCAAACCUCAGAAUCUCCUCAUCAACAAGAAUGGAGAACUGAAGCUGGCAGAUUUUGGUUUAGCUCGAGCCUUUGGGAUUCCAGUCAAGUGUUACUCAGCAGAGGUUGUCACAUUGUGGUACCGCCCACCUGAUGUUCUAUUUGGAGCCAAACUCUACUCAACCUCCAUUGAUAUGUGGUCUGCUGGAUGUAUAUUUGCAGAACUGGCAAAUGCAGGCAGACCUUUAUUCCCAGGAAAUGAUGUGGAUGAUCAACUCAAGAGAAUAUUCAAAUUAUUGGGCACCCCUACCGAUGACACAUGGGUAGGAAUGACAGAGCUACCUGAAUACAAGCCGUACCCUAUGUACCAUGUGAACCCAACCUGGCAGCAAGUGGUUCCAAAACUGAACUCCAAAGGAAGAGAUUUAUUGCAGGUAAGUUUACUCAUCUGUAAUCCAGGUCAAAGGUUAUCAGCAGAAGAAGGAAUGCAGCAUGGUUACUUCUCUGAUCUCAACCCCGCCGUCAAGCAAGGCUAACAUCUGACACACAGCCAAGUCGUCCAGGAAAGCUAACAUCUGACACACAGCCAAGUCAUCGAGCAGAGAGAACAUCUGACACACAGCCAAGUCGUCAAGCAAGGUUAACAUCUGACACACAGCCAAGUCGUCCAGGAAAGCUAACAUCUGACACACAGCCAAGUCAUCAAAGCAAGGCUAACAUGUGACACAUAGCCAAGCUGUCAAGCAAGACUAAACAUCUCACACACAGCCAAGUCAUCGAGCAGAGAGAACAUCUGACACGCAGCCAAGUCGUCAAGCAGGGUUAACAUCUGACACACAGCCAAGUCGUCCAGGAAAGCUAACAUCUGACACACAGCCAAGUCGUCAAGCAAGGCUAACAUGUGACACACAGCCAAGCUGUCAAGCAAGACUAAACAUCUCACACACAGUCAAGCAGGGCUAGCAUCUCCCAUACAACCACGUUGUCAAGCACGGCUAACAUCUCACACACAGCCAAGCUGUCAAGCAGGGCUAACAUCUAACACACACUCAACCAGGGCACAUCUAACACACAAUCAAGCAGGGCUAACAUCUGUGAAGCAGCCCUACAAUCAAAAUGGUCAAGCAGGGCUGGCAUUUGACACACAUGACUUUCAAUCACAUAUUUUUUCCAUAUCUAUAUCAUCAACAUCAAAAGUUUGAAUUCAUGGCCCAACAAUUUGGCAUGUUCAGCAGAUGUGAAUGAAUUUUUUCUACUAGUCCUACUAGCACAGAACCAUAUCAUGUAAACUUAGGUUUUCAUUCAAAAUAACUGUUUUAUGUCCUUCUGAAAGUUUUUUUUCUUUUUUUAACCUGUGUUCCAUAUACAUGUCUGAGAGAGUGUAGCCAUUGGAACAGCCAGAAAAGCUUUAGUGUGUGUGCAUGGUUUUGUAGAAAUUUUAUGUUUUAUUGUGUCGUAUCAUAUCGUUAACUUAUACCUAUCUAGAAAUAUGAAAAGGAAUAAUUAAUAUUAAAAGAAAAAAAUUACAUUGAUGUAGAUAAAUUUUUCCUUCCAUAAAUUUAUUUUUCAACGUGUUUAGAGUACAACCCCUAAAAUAUGGAAGCAUGCAUCAGAGACAAAUUAAUGUUAUAUAGUAUUACUUUUGGUGCAGAAAAUUACGUUCUUACAGUAGGUAUUGUCCUACCUUCGGUACACAUUGUUGUGGGUUUUCUGCCUGGUUUCCUCCCACAAAUCGGCCCCGGUAGCACUGUUGGUAGAGCGGGUCGAGCCCUGGGUCGAGUCACACCUAAGACCUUAAAAGAGGAAGUUGAAACUUCCUCGCAUGGGGUUCAGCAAGAAAGGGGAUAGUGCAACGACUGGUUGACCCGUAUCAGUAUAAUGGCUGGGGUGGUGCGGCUUACUUGCCUUUGGUAAGGCGUCUCAUUAAAGCAGCACUAGAUAAAAGAGCAGUGGAAAUCCGUCCUGCAACAAGGAGGCACAUUACCUGCACUCCAAGGAUCCCUUUGUCGUCAUAUCACUGAAAAAUUG